UAUCUUUGUUUUUCUCUCUCUAUCUCCACAAAUUACACCAAAAUAAGUUAAAAACAAAACCAAACAUAAUAUAUGUCUCUUGAUAGAGAGGUAUGAGGAAAUGCAUUGAGCACGUGUUGAUCCGUCCAAAAAUGAAACCAAACGAAGCUAGUUCAAAACAAAUUCCAGUCCAAGAAUCAGAACAAGAAAAACGCAUAUCAAACACCAAAACCAUACAAAUUCUCUUCAGAGCGAUGGAGAGGGACUAGAUGACCGGCAUCCAUGGCAGUGCUCGUUGUCGAUUGCUGAAUCUUUAAUUAGAAAUAUCUUCAAAACACCCCUUGUCUAGUAUAUCAGACAGCUGAUUAUCUCGUUCCCCUGCCUUCUCCUCGCGCCGGAUAGCAGGCUCCCGUGAUCCCUUGGAUGUUGUCCCCGACACACAGACACCAUAUAUUGAUACACAAUCAGUUGGUCUAUCUAUCUAGAGCAUACCUGCAAAAUUGAAGCAUUCAGCUGCUGAGUAGUUAUGGAGCAAGCCAAAUCCCUGGCCAUAGCUCUCAUCAAAAACUGCAACCACCCCGAAUUCGCAUGGCUGCUCUUUAAGCGCACUCUCAUCACAAACAAUGAUUUCUCCUCCCUCCAACAUUCCCUCCCUCUCAUCCUCCCUAUUCUCAUUCGCGCCCAAAUGUUCUCUGAGAUCGACACUCUCCACCAUCAUCUUCUCCGUUCUCCUACGCCCCCGCAUAAUCUUUUGUAUUCCUUUGUUAAUACACUAGCCAAGGCCGGCCAUAUUCACAAGGCCAUAUCUCAUUUUCAAUCUCUUCGAACCCAUUUCCCCGCAUCCCCACCCUCUAUUAUCUUGUACAAUCUGCUGAUUCUUACUUCUCUUAAAGAAAACUGUCCCAAUUUUGUAUCUUGGCUCUAUAAAGAUCUCAUCUUUUCCAAGGUCAAGCUCCAAACUUAUACCCUCAAUCUUUUGAUCGGUGCGCUGUGCGAUUCGGGUCGGCUGGAAGAUGCGCGGGACUUAUUUGAUAGAAUGCGCGACAAAGGCUAUGAGCCUAAUGAGUACACUUUCGUAUUGGCACGCGGGUAUUCUAGAUGUGGGCUUGCUUCUAAAGGUUUGGAGCUUCUGGAUUUAAUGAAGAGAAUCGGUCUCGUCCCUAAUCUAGUAAUAUACAACACUCUGAUAGCGAGUUUUUGUAGGGAGGGUACCAAUGAUGAGGCUGACAGGUUGGUGGAGAGGAUGAAAGAGGAUGGCCUCGCUCCAAACGUUGUUACCUUUAACAUUAGAAUUUCUGCUCUUUCUAAAGCUGGGAAGAUUUUGGAAGCCUCUAGGAUAUUUAGGGAUAUGCAAAUGGAUGAGGAGUUGGGCUUACCAAGGCCCAAUGUUGUGACACAUAACUUAAUGUUGGACGGAUUUUGCAGGGAGGGGAUGUUGGAAGAAGCUCACACUUUAGUUCAGUCUAUGAAAAGAGAUGCUAUUUUCUCAAGUGUGGAGAGUUAUAACAUAUGGCUGUUGGGUUUAGUCAGAAAUGGGAAAAUUUGGGAGGCUCAAACAGUACUUAAAGAGAUGGCUGAUGAAGGAGUGGGGCCAAAUAUAUACUCAUAUAACAUUUUAAUUAAUGGGUUAUGUAAAAAUGAUAUGGUUGCAGAUGCAAGGGGAGUUGUUAGUUUGAUGAUAUCUGGUGGAAUUUCCCCUGAUGUGGCCACUUAUAGCACGCUGCUCCAAGGACAUUGCAAGCAAAGAAAGGGAGUUGAGGCGAGCAAAGUUCUAAAUGAGAUGAUCAUGUCUGGAUGUUUGCCAAAUACUUACACUUGCAAUGUAAUGCUGCACAACUUGUGGAGAGAAGGCAACAUAGAAGAAGCAGAGAGGUUAAUGCAAAAGAUGAAUGAAAGAGGCAAUGGGUUAGAUACUGUGAGCUGCAACAUUGUGAUUGAUGGUUUAUGUAGAACUAGGAAGGUUGAUAGAGCAGUUGAAAUUGUGAAUGAAAUGUGGACUCAUGGAAGUGCUGCUCUUGGCAACUUGGGUAACCUGUACAUUGGUCUAGUGGAUGGAAAUAGGAAAAGGUGCUUGCCUGACUUGAUUACGUAUUCGACUAUCAUAAAUGGACUAUGCAGGGAUGGACGGCUAGAGGAAGCUAAAAAGAAGUUUAUUGAGAUGUUGGGAAGAAAUUUGUAUCCUGAUUCAACUGUAUAUGAUAUUUUUCUAUAUAACUUGUGUAAGAGGGGGAAGAUAUCUUCAGCAUUUCAGGUUCUGAAAGACAUGGAAUGAAAAGGUUGCAACAAGACUUUACAAACUUACAAUUGGUUGAUACUUGGAUUAGGUAUUACAAAUCAAAUAUUCGAGAUGUUAGGCCUGAUGGAUGAGAUGAAAGAAAGAGGUAUUUCUCCUAAUGUUGACACUUACAACAUUGUUCUUGAUUCUGUAUGUGAGGGAGAAAGAACUGAAGAAGCAGCUACUCUUUUAGAUGAGAUGCUGCAAAGAGGAAUAACACCUAAUAUAUAUUCCUUCAAGUUGUUAAUUAAAACAUUCUGCAGGACUGGGGAGUUCAGACCAGCACAGGAGGUAUUUGAAAUCGCUGUCAGUAUUGGUGGUCACAAGGAAGCACUUUAUACCUUGAUGUUCAAUGAAUUGCUUGCUGGAGGGGAAAUCUUGGAAGCUAAGCAAUUAUUUGAAGCUGCACUAGACAGAUGUUUUGAUUUGAAUGGCUUUCAUUACAAAGAUCUCAUUGAUAGACUUUGUGUCGGUGAGAAUUUAGAAUGUGCAAAUGAUAUUCUUAAGAAAAUGAUGCAGAGAGGUUGUAGAUUUGACCCUGCAUUGUUCAUGCCUGUGAUUGAGUAUUUCGGGCAGAGGGGAAAUAAACAUGAGGUUAACGAGCUGACAGAAAGAAUGCUGGCAAUGGGUUCAGAUACUGAGAUGGAAAAUAAGGUUCAUAGAGAUGACAAGCUGUUUACUGUGAAACAAUAUAAAGAUGACCGCAGUGAUUGGCAAACCAUUCUGCACAGAGAUGAUGGGAGUGCCAUAGCCAUGAAAACUCUGAAGCGAGUGCAGAAAGGCUGGGGUCAUGGAAACUUGUCAUAUUAUCAAGCCAGGAAAAAUGAUUUUCUUGAUGACUUGGAUGCUGCUAUCUAAGUGUGUUGUGUGCUCAAGGUGUGGUCUUAUAUAGGAGUCAGCUGAAUGUCAACAGUCAAGCUCAGAAAUGAUGACCAUAUAUCUCUUAUCAUCAGCUGUGAAAAUGUCUUCACUGUAGCUAACUUAAGGUGUGGACAAAGAAGACACCUUACACUACAUCAUGGUCAUGAACCUGGAGUGCAUGCAGAACUAAUAGAAACUGGAGUACAUGCAAAAGACUAGCACCAUGUGGCACUAUACAUGAAAUUCUUCACCAAAUGAGCCUCAUGCGUAGGUGAGGUUUCUAUGUUUUUGUCAGAUUGAGGCUAAGUGCUGCUAGUGAAACUUUGGAGCAGUAGCUGUGAGUGGAAGGCUAAAUUUUAUCAUUCCUAUUUUCCUUGGUUGUGACAAGCUCACAUAUUAAAUAGCCGUCUUUCUCAACAAAUACCAAAGAGCUACGUACUUCUGGGGCAAGUAAUGAAAUGUUGACUGGAGUUGAAGGAAACUUGGGAGCGUUGACCAUGUUAGGUGGUGAUUUUUUACAUAGUUGCAAAACUGAAGGCAAAAUCCUGCAGCGUAACCAGCUGACGACCAUCAUUGCCUGCGGAAACGACAAUUGGAGAGGGCCAGCAAGUUGUGCAAUCUGCUGAUGAUUUCUUCUUUUUUCUUCUAGGGAGUCAUGUUAUCUAUCCUAGCUUGAAAUUUCUAGGAAGACAGGGCACCUUUUUGUAAUUUCCGGAGUCCUAUUUUUCAUCUUUGCGAGUACAAGAAAGCAAAUAAAUGUCAUGACUACAGCAUCAGCAUCAACAUCGUUUUCGGCAUAAUGUAACUGUCUCAAUUGUUUCCUAUUUUCAAUCCCCACAUUUUUCCUGUGUAAUUUUGUUGUCAACUUUGUUCUUUCCUUUAUUUCUUUAUUUCUUCUUUUUUUUUUUUAUUCUUUUCCUGAAUGCCGAAAGCGGUAUCAGUAUUGUGGUAUCAGUUAAGCGAACACCAGCUGCUGUUACCAAAAGAUGGAGUUGUUCUGCUCUGAGCUUCAGAUUCGGGAUAUAACUUGACAGCAUAUGCUACAAAUUAUCCAUAAACAUCAUCAAUGAGUCAAGGAGAAGGGGAGAAUGGUGAUCAUGCUUUGCAAGAAUAAAAUGGAAAGAUAACACAUGUGGAGCCUUGAAAAACAGAUGCUUAAUGGAAAUCUUUGUACAUAGUAUGGUACGUAAAUGUGUCAAUGACGUUACUACAAAUAAUUAUACAAACGAGAAGAACACUCCAAAAUAAAUCUGACCUUAGCACCCAAAAAAGAUAGCGCUACAAUACCUGUCCCACUUCAACUGAUCUACAAAUAUGGCAGAUGGCUGUAAACAUAGCCAUUCAUUGAGCAAGCAUUACUACGUC